UUUGGCCAAAUGGGGAUAAUUAUGAGUUUCAUGGGAGGAGGCUCAAUGUACUCGCAUAUGCUGAAUAUAGCGUCGAGAACCGUGUACGACCGGUUCGUAGAGAAAGACAUCAAAACCUUCGAUGAAUUCCACCUUGCUGUUCUUGAUAUUUUCAACAAUUUCAACUCUGCAUUGCCCGGUAAACACUUUGAUGCGCCAUCACGCAAAGAAAUAGAGAAGUUCUUUAAAGACUGGAAGGAGGAAGCUGAGCCAAAAAGAAGGGAGAUUUAUGUGGAGUUCAUGAGGAAGAACGUCAAUCUGAACAAGAUCGAUGAUACAACCAUGAUCACAGGAGUAAUGAUGCCGCCAGUCGCCAUGGUGGCAAAAAGAGCAGGAGAGACUGUGCCGCAGCUUAAGAUGAUCAAAGUAAUCCCUGAUGUCGUCUUUGUCCCUUCGGCAACGGUGUUGGCUCUCUUUUCUGUCAAGAUCUCCAGAAGGGUUCUUAUGGGGAAAAUGGCAUCUUGAUUACCUUGUCUAUGCAUAUAACAUAUUAACAAGCCAAUAAGUGACGAGACAAUUUCGACAGAUUGUAAUGUGGGAUUUCACUGUCAACUAUUGUCUAUCUAAAUAUGUCAAGGUACUAGGUAGAAUGGUGUGAUGACAUUCCAAGAAAGAAUAAAGAGAAU